GUGACGGGGGCUUCAAGGAUUGGGACCCGGGGAACUGGAGACUGCUGAGGGCAACUGGAGGCGGACACGCCAAUCGCUCAUGCUGCUGAUCAGGCGGCCUCUGCUCCGCAACGUCGAUAGUAUAUUGACAACAUACACAGAAAAAGCAAACACACGUAGUCAAGUAUAACAAUGGCUCCUGUUUCGGUUGUGACCGGCGCAAAUCGCGGAAUCGGCCUUGCGCUGUGCCGCAAGCUCAAGUCCAACGGCUACCAAGUCAUCGGCGCGUGCAGGAAGAAGUCACCAGAGCUAGAGUCGCUGGGCGUAAAGAUUGUGGAGGGUGUGGAUGUGGGUGUGGACGGCGGCUGUGCGCCGCUGAGCAAAGUCGAGUCCCGAGUGGACCUGCUGGUGUGCAACGCCGGCAUCCUGCGUGAGGACUCCCUGGAAGACAUCGACAUGGCCGUGCUGAGGGAGCAGUUCGAGGUCAACUCACUGGGGCCGCUGCGCACCUACCUAGCACUGCAGGACAAGCUGGCGGACAACGCCAAGGUUUGCAUCGUCACGUCACGAAUGGGCUCCAUCGAGGACAACGGCAGCGGCGGCGAUAGGACGAGAGGGGGAGCUAUUACGCAGACCCGGCCAGACACAUUAGCCUCGUACGGCUACCGCAUGAGCAAGGCGGCCGUCAACAUGGCCGGCAAGACGCUGUCCGUGGACCUGAAGAAGAAGGGCAUCGCCGUGGGCAUCCUGCACCCAGGGUUCGUGGCCACUGACAUGACCGCCAAGUACCACGGUAUGGAGGGCGUCAUCAGCGCGGAGGAGAGCGCCGCAGACCUGGUCAAGAUCAUAGAGGAGAAGCUGCACAUGGACACCACCGGCACCUUCUGGCACCGCAACGGCUCCGUGCUGCCUUGGUGAAAGUAGUGAAGGGCGCUGUGGCGGUUGAUUGUCGUGCAUGCCGUACGGUGGUCAUCGGGGUGCCGCGGAGAAACGCGAUGGACGCACUGCGCCGUCCUUGUAGGGCUUUGCGUGGGUGCCAGGGCUGGCGCCUAUGUAACAGGUUGCCAUGGGAAGCCAGGCAUCACAGCAAUACAGCGGUGCGGAUGUGCGCUGUGUGCAGCGGUGCAGAAGGUGCAGAAGGUACCGUGAGGGCGUGCGGGACAGGGGCGGGAGAGUCGCAGACUGGUUUUGCGAAUCAUGGUUUUGCACUUUUGGUCGGCACGCGGGUACCACCAGGCGGCUGGAUGGGGUCUAGGGGAGCCCCUUCUUCCGCGGGCCUUUUCACUAUGAGCAAUAACUCGUACAAGGAUGCUGACCCA